AUGGCAGCAGAUCAAAAGGGGCAAUCAUCUUAUAGUGUGAAGAAGGGUGAAGUCUGGAAAGAUAUAUGGAAGUUAAUGGUGCCAAAUGCAACAUCCAUGUUAUUGUGGAGAGCUUGCCAUGAGUCUUUACCAACAAACCAGAACCUGGUUAAAAGGAGAAUUAGUGAGAAUGUUAUGUGCCCAAUCAAUCAAAUAGCACCUGAAUCUGUGACUCAUGCUCUUUGUUAUCAGAUAUGGAAAAGAAGGAACAAUUUUAUGUUUGAGGAAAAAUUUACAAACCCAAACUUAAUUGUUCAAACUGCUAUGCAAAAAGUAAGUGAUUUCCAGGUUGCCAACCAGAAGCAAGUAGCAGAAGGGGUGACAGCAUUCCAAGUCUCUCAGUGGACUGCUCCUCCUCCACAGGUGUUUAAGGCCAACUGGAAUGCCUCAGUAGAUCGUGUAAACUGCAGAAUAGGUGUUGGGGUGAUCAUUAGAGAUUGGCAUGGUCAAGUGGUUGCUACCCUCAGAUCUCAAAGGGAUCUUUUUCCAGAUCCAACGAUGGCUGAAGCAGUAGGUGCUCUUAAUGCAGUAAUUCUAUGCCAACAGCUACAUUUGUCAAGGAUUAUACUUGAAGGAGAUGCCAAGAUUGUAGUUGAUGAGGUCAAUAGUGAUUCAGGGAAAUGGACUUCAGUAGGUAUGAUCAUUCAGGACAUUAGAAACAAGCUUGGUCUGAUGCAACAAUGGUCGGUUAAGCAUGUCCCAAGGAAUCUCAAUAAUGUGGCUCAUUUAUUAGCUGAGGAUGCACUAAAACUCUCUGAGGAGAGCAUUGUAAUGGAGGGUAUUCUUCCUUGUAUCCAAGCUGUAUUGAUUUAA